CGGGGCGCGCUCGGGGAAACGGCUGGAGCUGCGCCGCCGGCGGCUGGGCGCCGGCUCGCUGGCUAGACCGUCGCCGCCCGCUAACUCGCAUCCCUUUUCUCCCUGCCGCGUCCCCGCGCGAAGAUGGCAGCCGACGGGCUGCACGAGAACGAGACGCUGGCGUCGCUCAAGAGCGAGGCCGAGAGCCUCAAGGGCAAACUGGAGGAGGAGCGGGCCAAGCUGCACGACGUGGAGCUGCACCAGGUGGCAGAGCGGGUGGAGGCCCUUGGACAGUUUGUCAUGAAGACCAGAAGGACCCUCAAAGGCCACGGGAACAAGGUCCUGUGCAUGGACUGGUGCAAGGACAAGAGGAGGAUCGUGAGCUCGUCACAGGAUGGGAAGGUGAUUGUGUGGGAUUCCUUCACUACUAACAAGGAGCACGCGGUCACCAUGCCCUGCACGUGGGUGAUGGCGUGUGCGUACGCCCCAUCGGGAUGUGCCAUUGCAUGCGGUGGUUUGGAUAAUAAGUGUUCUGUAUAUCCACUGACAUUUGACAAAAAUGAAAACAUGGCUGCCAAAAAGAAGUCUGUCGCUAUGCACACCAACUACCUGUCGGCCUGCAGCUUCACCAACUCUGACAUGCAGAUCCUGACGGCGAGUGGCGAUGGCACGUGCGCCCUGUGGGACGUGGAGAGCGGGCAGCUGCUGCAGAGCUUCCACGGGCACGGGGCCGACGUGCUCUGCCUGGACCUGGCCCCCUCGGAGACCGGAAACACCUUCGUGUCCGGGGGAUGUGACAAGAAAGCCAUGGUGUGGGACAUGCGCUCCGGCCAGUGUGUGCAGGCCUUUGAAACACACGAAUCUGACAUCAACAGUGUCCGGUACUACCCGAGUGGAGACGCCUUUGCUUCGGGGUCAGAUGACGCUACAUGUCGCCUCUACGACCUCCGGGCAGACAGGGAGGUCGCCAUCUAUUCCAAAGAGAGUAUCAUCUUCGGAGCUUCCAGCGUGGACUUCUCCCUCAGCGGUCGCCUGCUGUUUGCUGGGUACAACGAUUAUACCAUCAACGUCUGGGAUGUCCUCAAGGGGUCCCGAGUCUCCAUCCUGUUUGGACAUGAAAACCGUGUUAGUACUCUACGAGUAUCCCCUGAUGGGACUGCUUUUUGCUCAGGAUCGUGGGAUCACACCCUCAGAGUCUGGGCUUAAUCACGAUGCGCACAGGUACCUGAGGAUAGAAGUUGAAAUCGUCACCUGUAAAUAGAUCUUGCUUCUAGAGGAUCUGAGAUUGUAUUGCAACUUAGCUUAAGGGAGCAGCUCCAUGACAACGUUCACCAGGCAUCUCUGAUAUUACUAUUUAAACCACCACCCCGGAAAGAUAGCAGCUUGAGCCGUCAGCACUAUGGGAACACCUUCAAGUACAGUGUUUUUUAUUUUGAACACUUUUUAAAAUGUAUCUAUUUUUAAGGUUAUUUUAAAUUAUACUAGUCUCAACUCAUUCUAUUACCAGUCGAAUUCAGCAUUUAAUAUAUUUCAUGUUGUUUCCUUGAAUCACAUUUACUUUCCAGGGCACUUUAAAAUCUGAUUUUUCUCAGUGUACACUGUGACUUUGGGAACUUUCCACUGGACAUGCUGAUUCCAAUGGUCUGGAUGAGAAGGACUGUGUUCAUGGUCUUUGACAGAAGAAAAGUUCCAAUUCCAAAUGUAAUUAGACAAAAUCAAUUUUUUUAAAUGUGUUUUUGUGACAGUAUCUUUUUUCAGCUUUGCAUCCUAUUGUCUUUUUUGAGCUGAGACAUUUCCAUAUAUGUGAACAGUUAUAAAUGAAGCAGCUUUGCAUAAAAUGGACAGAAGGUUUGAUUUAUGAAUCAUGCAAUGGUGCGAUGUAUCACUGUAUCACAUGGACAGGACAUUUUCUUUCAUUUGAGGGGAAAGCUGAGUGCUGCUCGUGACACAAAUGCUUCUCAGAGCAACCGAAACCUUUCUGUGUGGGAACCCAGAACAGUAAACUUAACCUAUUUGUAGUGUUAGACGUAUUAGGAUUGGUAGCAUCCUCUCAGGAUAAAGUGAAUGUCAUCCUUAUCAAUUACACUCAUAUUUAUUGCAUUGCAGGUGUAAUUACAUAUACAAAUUAUUUGAUAGGUCUCGAAUGAUAACGUCUUUGCUUCACUUAUAUUGAGAGAAAAAUACCAUAAAAAUAUCUUGUCUUUAUUUGAAACUCAGUAAUUCCAUCUGGGAGAUACCAAGUGCUUUAGUUACAGGAUUGUUUCUUUUCUGUUUUGUUUUGUUUUAAGGUGUAGAGGCUUAUUCUUUGUUUUAGAAAACACCUCAUUCGUAAAGAUGACAUGUGUCACUUAGGGAAAUAAAAGGUCACCUCAGACCAAAAAUCGUUCCCGGGUGAGGCCUGCCCUGCAGGUGGCCUGGGGUCCCCCGGCCAGGCCCUUGUGGCGCCCGAGGGCUGGAUGUGCUGAGUCCCCCCAUCUUCCGGCCGCUUCUGGCCCUGCGCCAGCCUGGCCCUCCUCCGAAUGGUAGUUCUGGCUUUACAGGCCCAGCCCUGGCUCUGCUGCUUGAAGAGACCCUUCCAGAGCUGGAGCCUCAGGCAGGCCUGGACCCGGUGCUCCUAUAAAUCUCAGAGGGUGGGCCUGGCCCACCCUCAAAACUACUGUUCAAGUAUCAAGAUGGGCCAGUCAGAAAUCACCCAGGCCAGCUUGCCCAUCAACUCUUUUUAAGUAAACAUAAUCGUUAUAUUUAAUCAUUUGCCAAGAAAACAUCUACUGACACAGCAGGCCUUGGUGAGGGGAGAAAAAAAUGCAAGGCCCCUGCCUACCACCCCACCCCCACCCUGAGAGCCCAGAGGGCAGGGGGAGGGAGUGUGGUCCAAAGGGACCACUUUUCAGCCCCUUUCUCCCCCUAGUGGCUUCCAGUCUGGGCAGUGGCUCCAGGAAAUGAGCACAGGGGCUACCCAGCUCCUGCCAGCUGCUGCAGGGGUCAGGCCCCCUGUGAAAUUCCCCAUCUUGGCUCCCAGAAUGUUCCAGAGUUUGUUCCUGGGCUCCUAGUUAUGGCAUCCCCUUCUCUCUCUCCCACAGACCCUUUCGUGUCUCUGCACCCUGACGUGGGCCUCCCAGAAGUGAAGGAAGUCAGGGCGAAGGAAAAGUCACCCAGACUCAGGGGAAGCAAAUUCAAGGUUAUAUGUUCAGAGAUGGAGGGCGUCUUCACUAUGUCUUCAAAGUAGCCCCUAACUUUCCAGUCAAAAAAGUGACUUUCGGGGCCCUGUGAGAGUGUUCCCUCACUCACCCCCAUGGGCAGUAACCCAGUCCCUUGAAAGCAUUUAAUGUCAUGGUGGGUGGUGCUGAGUAUUUAUUGAGGCAGUCCUUGGCUGGGAAUAUACUACACCAUGUGGAGUCUCAAGGGUAAACUCCAGGUAAUAAAUUGUAUUUUGCAUAUUGAAAA